AUGCCACCGCAAAAGUUUGAACACGUUCUCCAGAGUGUCAUCGACAUCGCCCCGGACAUUACAGAGUCCCUCCUCGCGCUGGUCGAUGUGCCCAUGAAAAUCAAGCGCGAUGCGGCAGCUGGUCGGGACUACCUCCUGUCUGAAUUCAAUCGUGACAACGACUCCUUUCGCUCACCGUGGACAAACACUUAUGAUCCCCCGUGUGAGGAUGCUGUCUAUCCCUCCGAGCGGCUGCGACAGAUCGAAAUCGACGCCAACAAUGCCUUCGAUCAGUACAGAGAGAUGUACGUUGCCCCCGAAACUAUUCUUCUAAUGCCCUAUGGUACUUUUUUGCUUAUGGGAAAUCUCCAACUGUCGCGAGAGAUUCCAGCUUAA